UUGUGGCCCAGAGCGGCAACAUAUCGGGCAGCGCGGGCGAAGACCAAGCCAGGAAGCGAGAGAUGAGGCUCCUAAAGAACCGUGAAGCAGCGAGGGAAUGUCGAAGGAAAAAAAAGGAAUACAUCAAGUGCCUGGAGAACAGGGUGGCCGUGCUAGAGAACCAAAACAAAGCGCUCAUCGACGAACUGAAAUCCCUCAAAGAACUCUAUUGCCAACAGAAAACUGAAUGAGGUUUGUCUCGCUUCUACAAAUUGGUGAAGGACUCGUUUUUGUUUAUCGCUAGGGGAACACUGGUCUAAUAGGCUAGAUUAAGUUCUAUGUGUUUUUCUUCAGCGAUGGACUUCGUUGAACGUACAUUUGAGUGCAUUUUUGUUACCGAUGCAUUUCGGGCCGGGACUCUAGGGGUUUGUUAGGAGAUAUCUUAUUUUUUUACCAAAAAGGAAUGUGGACCUAGAGGGUACGGUGCACUUGAGUCGGUCGAGAGGUAUUUAUUGCGUUUUAUAUUCAGGGAAAGUCGGAUCGUAACCUUACACUUUUACGAAUUAUCAAAAUAUCUUACAAAAAAUGUUCAUGUGAAUUACUUCAGUUGAAAGUAAGAUUAUGCUUAACUUUCUUAAGGUUACGUCUUGGAUAUUCCAUUUGGGAAAAACGUGAACUUGGAUUAUUACGGAUGUGCAAUAUUUCAGCAAGAGUGGAAGCAAUCUACUUUGUAAUGCACUUUAUGGUAUGUAAUUUUUUUUUGUUUAACAAAAUUUUAUGAUAUUGCUCAAAAAGUCACUUGUAACAUUUACAAAUUGUUUAAAAAAUAAAUAGUUAACAAGUAAAAAUUUUAAUGGGAGAAAUAUU